UUCGCUCACUGCGCAGGACUGAACUUCUGUUGACAACCUCCCGAGGAGAAGCAGCAGCUCUUUCUAGAUUUUUCACUCCCGUUCAGCUGAUAACUCGAUUGUGGCAAGUGUCUGUGCAAAUUUGUGCAAUUUUCCACCCAAAAUUCGCCGUAAAAGUGUUGAGUUUGUGCCCGCAAGUGCGUCGAUUGCUUUGGUGACGAAAUUUUACGUGAAAUUCGUUGGGAAAAACGCGUGAAAAGUGAACGGAUCCAAGUCGCCCCGAGGAAAAGCCUCCCCCGGAAAAUUCGUAGCUAAGAGGCAAAGCCUGCUGAAGAGGAGCAACUUUUUGGCGUGCGCCAGUGUUCUAAAAUCCGGUCUCAAAAUUUGCGUCGUAAAAAUGGAUCUGUUGAAGAAGAUGAUGGGCCUGGACGGUCACAAGGACGAGGACGACGACAAGAGAAAGAAAAAGCCGACCAUAAAGGACGAGUUCCGGAAGCCGGUCUGGGUGGAGGAGUACGACAGCGACGACGACCUGUUCGACAACCAGAAGGUGUUUGGGGUGCAGAUCUUCACCAACCCGCUGGAGAUCCAGAAGCACUUUGAGCACCAGAUCCAGGAGAUGAUGAAGAGCCUGGAGGAGUUUGACGACGUCAACAAGCCGUUUGACUUUGACCUGAAGCAGGACUUUUUGAAGCCCGGAUUUGAGGAGGAAAUCAAGAAGGAACUCAAGAAGGAAAAAAUGCUGGACACCGAUUUGGACGGAGAAAUCUACCCGGAACAGCUGCACACCCUGUUGCAGCGCAUUUCGCCGGAUUUGAAGGAACUGCUACCCAAGAAGAAGCAGCAGCAGCCGGACCAACCCGGAGGACCGUCCACCGGCGUCGCCCAAGGGCCCAAGCUAAAGUUGACGGACGAGCAAAAGUUUAUGGACUGGAUUCAUGGCAUCAAGGGCAACGACGGAUCGUCGUCUAUGGCGGCCGUUCGUCCACCGGUGCGUCGUAUGCCGCCGCAGCGCUACCACGACGGGAUCUUCGAGGGGACAUUCCAGGGGCCGCGUAUGUUUGGCCAGAGCAUCAUCUCGCAGACUAUUAGGAAGCCGGAUGGGACCUACGAAACGCGCAAGACGGUCCGCGACUCGGAGGGCCACACCCAGACGACCAUCACGCGCUCCACAGCCGAAGGCCGCAAGGAAACCAUAACUACGUACGACGGCGGCGACGCGGACGGUGGGCCAACCACCCCGAAGCCCUUCUUCGGCCAGGGGCCACCGCCUCCCCCUGCUGCUUCUUCUUCUUCGUCUUCGUUGGCAGCGGCCCUGCUCAACCUGGACGCGGCCGGCGGUCGCAAGCAUCUGUUCGCCCAGAAUGGUUACGUUUUACCGCGGAACCUCUGGUGACUUCAGCGGCCGACCAGUUCGUCGUCGUCGUCCAAGUUAGAACACAAUUAUGAGUCCCCCCCGUUUCCGGCCGGAACCUGCUGUCGGAGGUACCAGGUGGUCCUCCCCCCGGCCAGGUCAACCGCCCUGUCGUCGUCGUCGUUUAGUAGCGAGCCAAAUAUGUGUGUCGUAGAGCAAACUCCUAGAUGUAGCAGCAACAACCAUAACUAUCACCCUAAUGCAUACAAACCCGUGGAGAACCUUGAUCAUGAUCAUCGUGAAGAGAUGGAGAGUCCUGUCAUUUUACAUUUAUUACUACUGAGUAACUUACUUUUAGCGUUAGUCACUACGAUUAUGCUUAGUUUAGCGUGUAGCUUUGUUGCAGUCUGUCCGGCCGCGGAACCAUUCCGAAGAAGCAGCAGCAGAAGCAGAUCGAAACGAAUUACCACCACCAGUAUUAGCAGAAUUGGCGCCGCCGUCUCGGCUGGUGGUCCGUUAUGAAGUCCGGUUCCGCACCGGUGCAGCAAUAACUGGCGAAACGUUUCUUCUACUUUUACUACUCCUUCCGCGGUGGCCGCGUCGUCGGAGCAGGGCAGCACAGCCAGAAGACGUUUGUGUUUGUGAUAUCUUAUUUUUACGUUAGGUCAAUCGAAUAAGUUGUUUGGUAAGCUGGUUUGUUGGAGUGAGCAAGCGGAAGCGAGUGUGAACGAGUUGAGCUGAUUGUGGGAGGUAGUUGGAGUGAAGACGCAGCAAGAGGCAAGAAGACUAAUACUUUUUUAUUCUUUUUGGGAAAG